UUGUGGCCCAGAGGUGUAUAGAACCGAGUGAAAAGGUGGACUAUAACAUUCAGAGAGGUGACAGGAUGUGAUGAUAAUGGGAAGUAAUUUGGGUGUGGUCAUAAUGAGAUAUCUUGGGUGUGGUAAUAAUGGGGUGUAUUUUGGGUGUGUUCCUAAUAAGAUAUAUCUUGGAAGUGGUAAUAAUGAGGUGUAUUUUGGGCGUGGUCAUAAUGAUAUCUAUCUUUGAUGUAAUAAUGGGGUGUAUUUUGGGUCUGGUCAUAAUUAGAUAUAUCUUGGAUGUGGUAAUAAUAGUGUAUUUUGGGUGUGGUCAUAAUGAGAUAUAUCUUAGGUGUGGUAAUAAUGGUGUGUAUUUUGGAUGUGUUCCUAAUAAGAUAUAUCUUGGGAGUGGUAAUAAUGAGGUGUAUUUUGGGUGUGGUCAUAAUGAUAUCUAUCUUGAAUAUGGUAAUAAUGGAAUAUAUUUUGGGUGUGGUCAUAAGAUAUAUCUUGGAUGUGGUAAUAAUGGGAUGUAUUUUGGGUUUGGUCAUAAUGAGAUAUAUCUUGGAUGUGGUAAUAAUGGAGUGUAUUUUGGGUGUGGUCAUAAUGAGAUAUAUUUUGGAUGUGGUAAUAAUAGGGUGUAUUUUUGGUGUGGUCAUAAUGAGAUAUAUUUUGGAUGUGGUGAUAAUAGGGUGUAUUUUGUUUGUGGUAAAAAAGUAUUUUGAGUGAUGAUAAGGAAUAUAUUUUUGAUGUAAUAAAAUUUAGGGUUGCCAUAUAUGAACUAUCAAAAUUCCGGACAUCUUCACUAACACCUGAUUAUGGUCCUGAUAUGAUACUGGAAAACAUGUAAAUUAAUGAAAAGAAACUCAACGUAUUUAUACCUUCGCAUAUGGCUGAUAAUCUUGAAUUCCGUUUUCACGGAUAUGUCCGGGAAAAUCCGGACGUAUGCCAACCCUAUAUAAUAAUAUUUAUAAAUGGGAUGUAUUUUGGAUUUUUUAAUAAUGAGAUAUAAACAGCCUACAUGCAGCCAGUAAAUGCAGUGACCAGCCAACAUGCAACCAAUGAAUGCAGUGACCAGCCUGCAUAGCCCAGUGAAUGCAUUGACCAAGCUCAUAGCCCAAUGAAUGCAGUGACUAAGCCCCACAAGGAUGAUCAAUAAGUGACGCAGGCUCUCGACGCAUUAGUUCAAGUAUCAGCGUCUUUUACAUAAGAACAGGGAAAACCAAGAAGUUAUCUGGCCUGUAUGCUGCAGUUCCUUUACUUGUCUCGUGAUGGAGUAAGAAAGUGAGAUAAAAUUUAUCCUUUGGUCUCUGGGUCGCUAACCAAAACAGUCAUGGCGGCGGCAGCGGCCCAGCGGGACUUUAAGCUGCCGUGGCACACAAUUCGCUCCUCUUUUUGUCUAGAUGGAAAUUUCUGCGAGGGAGACGCAGGCGGGACAGGAGAGGACCUGGACAUGGUGAUCUGGCUUGUGAACCAACAUGGUGCCGGCCAGACUGUGCUGGACCUUGCCCUGGAUGCCAUCUGGGGCGCCCUCAGACGCUCCAUCAGCCCAAAUUUCUGGUCUCACUUCACAACCUACAAUGCCAGCAAGAGCAAGGAUGAUGAGGGAAGUGUGGAAGUGAUGUCUCGAGUGUCCAGUGCUGUGGGAGAACUGUACAGCAGCGCCACAGCUUUCCUGCCACAGAUACACAGGUGCGAGAUGCUGUGUGAGAGAACAGGUGCCAAGUAUGAGGAGUAUGUGCCAGGGGGUCUAAUGGAGCACUUCAAGUUGCACCUAAGAGCCACACUGCACAGCCAAAUGCCAGCCUCCUUCACUCUCCUCUUCCAGAAAUUCUAUGCUGCAGCCUUUAAAGUUUUCUACCAUACUGAGAUUGGAAGUCAAGCAGAGGAGUCUGAGGAGACAACUGAGGAGGCCAUCCAGUGUGGGGGCUGUGAGGCGUCGUCUGAUGCCUGUCACUGUCAGGCCAUCACCAACACCUUCACUCAGGUCAACAGACAAUUGCUGGAGCUGGACUUGUUAGAGAGGCUUGCAGGCGACAUGAUUUCCUCUCAGCUUCUCUCUACCAUCACCUCCCACGUCACCUCCACUUGCAGAGAUUCCUAUGAUCAGUCUCGCAUCACGCAGCUAGAAAAGUGGGUGGAGAAUGUGGUGGUGGGGUGGCUGGAGGUGGUGUACUGUGGUGGUCGAGGGAAGCUGUCAUCUGCGGAAUCAGCAGUGCAGAACAUGGUGGCUGAGAACCUCCACCAGACCUACAUGACAGCACUAUACCACACCUACACCACCACCAGGAUUGACCAGCUCUUUAACAUUGUCAUUGAGUACCCUGAGUCUCAGCCAGCUCUUGAAGACAUCAGGGAGUGUCUGGACCGCACACACCUCAGAGACCGUCUUGUGGAAUCCCUGCGUUCUGCUUUUCAGACUCGCCUUCUCCACCCUGGUGUGAACACAACUGACGUCCUUCACGCCUACAUUUCUGCCAUCAAGGCGCUAAGGGUUCUGGAUCCCAAGGGAGUGCUGCUGGAACUGGUGUCAGAGCCUGUGAGGCAGUACUUGCGAGGUCGAGAGGAUACAGUGCGCUACAUAGUGACGAGUUUGACUGACGAAUGUUGCUCUGAGCUGUCUGAGGAGCUGAUGGUGGCCACUCCCUUGGUGCUGGAUGACUCCCACAGUGAUGAAGAUAGUAUGGAACACUGGGACACCUGGACACCUGAUCCAGUACAUGCCCACACCUUGAAAUCCAAGUCACAGCGCACGGCAGACAUCAUUUCCAUGCUGGUCAACAUUUACGGGAGCAAGGACGUGUUUAUUACCGAGUAUCGCACUAUUCUGGCCGACCGCAUCCUCUCCCAGUUCAGCUACGACACAGAGAGGGAGAUCCGAUACCUGGAGCAUCUCAAAGUGAGAUUUGGGGAGACGCUGGCACUUCUACAUAAGUGUGAGGUGAUGGUGAAGGAUGUGGCUGACUCAAAACGCAUCAACCAAUCCAUCAACUCAGACGAAAACCCACGGAGGGAGAAACAGAAAUUCCCGGUGUCUUGCAUGAUUCUGUCUGCGCAGUUCUGGCCGUCAUUCAAGGAGGAGCGACUGCAGUUGCCAGAGGAGGUGCUGAAGGAACUGGAAACUUACACUGAAGCUUUCCAGGAACUUAAAGGGAACAGGACUCUUAACUGGAAGCACCAUCUUGGCCAGGUACAGUUGGAAGUCGAGCUAAAACAUCGCACUCUCUCGGUCAGUGUCACACCAACCCAGGCCACAAUCAUCUUCCACUUCCAGGACAGAAAACGUUGGACCAUUGACGAGCUGAGCAGCGUCACUCAAGUACCCAAGACUGUCCUGAGGCGAAAGAUUACCUUCUGGCAGACACAGGGAGUGUUGCAGGAGGUGGAAUCGGAUGUGUUUCUGUUGGUGGAGGGGGAAGGGGAUGGGGAUGAGGGCUUGGCGGCAGCAGCAGGGGCGGCCUCCCCUGACAUCGCCCCCCCAGCCAUUGAGGAGGAUGAGGCAGAGAGUGUCAUGGCCUCAGCUCAGGACCAGAGAGAGGAAGAGCUGCAGGUGUUUUGGUCAUACAUUGUGGGUAUGCUCACCAACCUGGACUCUCUGCCCCUGGAGCGCAUUCACGCCAUGCUCAAAAUGUUUGUCCAGGGCUCAGUGGAGUGUAGUCCACAGGAGCUAAGGGACUUUCUGGAUCGAAAAGUGCGCCAACACCACCUCAUCUUCACCAACGGACUCUACAAGCUUCCCAAGAAUUAAGCUGAAUCUCCUGUAGUUCUUAAGUGGGCAGCAAAUAUUUGACCUUGUUUUGAGAGACUAUAUUUUGCAGUCUUGUCUACACCAGUGGACUCUACAAGCUGCUCAAGAACUAAUAGUUGAGGACUUGUAUGAGCAUAAUGACAUUUCUUGGUAAUUUCAUACAAGGAGGUGCAUGAAUGGUUCCUGAAUGGCUCCCGAUUUCUUCACAUUGAAGAGGACAAUCAUAGUUUAGUAAUCUAAGCAUCAAUAAGUUGGUGCAGAGACCAGUCUGUUGAAGAAGCAAGCAUUAAGUCAUUUGGUGAACUCUGUAUUGUGUGAAAAAGCUUACAUCUGUUCCCAUGUACUUUGGAAAUUGACUGUUAUCUAUAUGAAGAAAAGACCAUUUAAUGAUGAGAAAUGUGAGUGUGGACACCAGACUUUGGUGAUGGGCACUGUACAUUAGUUAAAUUAUUUGCCACCAUGGAAAUAUGUGGUAAAUCCAGAUUGAUAAUAUUACUACUGUACAAGAAAAUAAUGAGAAACAUGAAUCACUUGAAUAGUAAAUCCUCUGACAUGUGCAUUUUAUCAAACCAAGACAAACAAGAUUUAAAGAAGUGUAUGUGAAGAGUCCCCCAAGAGGGAAAGUAACUGGCUACACAGUGAUGUUAUUGGUGAGUGUUAUGAUGUUACAGCACAUUGGUCUUUGGUUUGGGAUGUUGCACUAUUAUAAUUGGCCAUGCACAGUAAUUGGGUUAUGUAAUUUGUACUGAAUAAGAAUUUCUACAUUAGUUUUUAUAAAUAUUUGUCUUCUAACCAUUGUUCAUUGUAGUAAUGGUUGGUUUGGGUUAUUUCUUUAGUUUUUAUAAAUAUUUGCCUUCUAACCAUAGUUCAUUGUAGUAAUGGUUGGUUUGGGGUAUUUCCUGUUUGUAAAUACAGAUACAGAUGUAGAUAUUAAUAUAAUUUUUGUAUGAAUAAAUACUAACCUCUCAGAACAA